AUGAAGACUCCAAGCUGCCUUAGCGUCGAGAUGACGUGUCAGGUGGAGAGUGCUCUGCAGACAAGAUGUCGAGGACUCUGCGGACAGCAUGUCUUGGACUCCGAGGUACUUUUAGUGGAGGGCUUCGAGGUGCCUUUAGUGGACUCUGAGGUACUCUUAGUGGAGGCCUCCGAGGUAGCUUUAGUGGAGGGCUCCGAGGUACGUUUAGUGGAGGGCUUUGAGGUACCCUUAGUGGACUCCGAGGUUCCCUUAGUGGAGGGCUUUGAGGUACCCUUAGUGGAGGGCUCCGAGGUGCCUUUAGUGGACUUUGAGGUACCCUUAGUGGAGGGCUCUGAGGUACCUUUAGUGGAGGGCUCCAAGGUUCUUGGGUUGGCAGAGAAAAAGAUGGAGCAUAGGGUAGAUUUGUUUUACAAGCUAUGCAGUUUGAAGAAAUUCAAUUGCUUGCUAUUCUCAUAG